AAGUAGUCCGCUCUCCCUCCCGUCUUUAGGUUUGUCAAGGUUCAAAGGCCACCCAACCCUCGGGUCUUCUGAGACAUAUACACAAACAGUCGGAGUGCAUUCUAUACUCGCGCCGGAAAGGGAGGGCAAGAGCUUGAAAGAAGCGAUAAUGAAGUACGUGCUGGUGACCGGCGGAGUGGUGAGUGGACUUGGCAAGGGCGUCACAGCUAGCAGCAUAGGCGUCGUCCUCAAAGCUUGCGGCCUGCGUGUCACCUCCAUCAAAAUAGACCCUUACUUGAAUACUGAUGCUGGUACCAUGUCACCUUUUGAACAUGGGGAGGUUUUUGUUCUUGAUGACGGGGGAGAGGUUGAUUUAGAUUUGGGCAACUAUGAGCGUUUCCUCGAUGUCACACUUACAAAAGACAAUAAUAUUACGACUGGAAAGAUAUUUCAGUCUGUCAUUGAGAAGGAAAGGAAAGGUGAUUAUCUUGGAAAAACUGUUCAGGUGGUUCCUCACAUUACGGAUGCCAUUAAGAACUGGAUCGUGUCAGUUUCUCAAAUUCCCGUAGAUGGUGCGGAAGAUCCCGCUGAUGUCUGUGUCAUAGAGUUGGGAGGAACUGUGGGUGACAUUGAAUCGAUGCCAUUCAUUGAAGCUUUGAGACAACUAUCCUUUUCUGUUGGACAAGACCACUUUUGUCUCAUUCAUGUGAGCUUGAUACCUGUACUUGGUGUUGUUGGAGAGCAAAAGACGAAGCCUACACAACAUAGUGUGCGGGAACUCAGAGCAUUAGGUUUGACUCCUCAUCUAUUGGCAUGUCGCUCAGCUCAGCCUUUGCUGCAGAGUACUAAGGAGAAACUAUCUCAGUUUUGCCAUGUUCCGGAAGCUAAUAUUCUUAAUAUCCAUGACGUCCCAAAUAUUUGGCACGUUCCUCUGCUACUUAUGAAUCAAAAUGCUCAUCAUGCGAUCCUUAAACAGCUAAACUUAGUGAGUGCUGCAAUGCCUCCUGAUUUACGAGAUUGGACCGAGAUGGCAGAGACAUAUGAUAAUCUAAAAAAUUCUGUGAGGAUUGCACUGGUGGGGAAGUAUGUUGGUCUAACAGAUUCAUACCUUUCUGUUGUGAAGGCCCUUCUUCAUGCUUGCAUUGCGUGUUCAUUGAAACCAUCAAUUGAUUGGGUUGCAGCUUCUGAUCUUGAGGAUGAGAGUGCAAAAUUGACACCAGAAGCUCAUGCUGUUGCAUGGGAUACAUUGAGGAAUGCAUCAUGCGUCUUAGUCCCUGGAGGUUUUGGAGAUCGUGGUGUGAGUGGGAUGAUAUUGGCUGCCAAGUAUGCUAGAGAGAACAAGAUUCCAUAUCUUGGAAUUUGUUUAGGCAUGCAGAUUUCCGUGAUUGAAUUUGCUCGAUCGGUUUUGGGACUGGAAGGGGCAAAUAGCAUGGAGUUCGACCAGGAGACACCUGAUCCUGUUGUGAUUUUCAUGCCUGAGGGUUCAAGAACACACAUGGGAAGCACAAUGCGGUUAGGUUCUCGAAGGACACUUUUCCAGACGUCUGAUUGCAUCGCUGCAAAGCUGUAUGACAAUCCACAGCAUGUUGAUGAACGCCAUCGACACAGAUACGAGGUAAACCCGGAGUUCAUUGAAGCUCUAGAAAAUGGCGGGCUGAAGUUUGUAGGAAAGGAUGAAACUGGAAAGAGGAUGGAGAUUUUGGAGCUUCCAAGUCAUCCAUAUUACGUAGGUGUGCAAUUUCAUCCUGAGUUCAAAUCACGACCUAGACGACCGUCAGCUUUGUUUCUGGGUCUCAUAUUAGCAGCAACUGGACAGCUGGAAGAGCACAUAAAAAAGUAGUUGGCAGAAUGGAAACUGACUAUGCUUGAACCUUACAAAACACAGUCUUGGUGAGAAGAGGUUCUUGUAGUUUUUGGGGGAACUCAUUGGACAGUGACUUGUGGUUUGCGUUCGAUUUCUUUUUCCCGUUCCUUGGCUGAGAAAUUACAUAAAUUGUUGCCAAUGGAAGGUUUUCGUAGUACAGUGCAGGCAGAAGUCAUAGUUAGAGUGCCUGCUAUACAGUACUGAAUGAUUUUGAAUGGUGUCGGCUUUGUUAUUUGGAUUGAUCACCAUCUCAUUGUUACGGGAUGUCUGUCAGCGAAUGCAACCAAGUUCGUUCUCUAGUUGCUUUUGCCAAGCCUUCAGUGCUAUGAUGUGUUUAUUUCUUGCUAGGCUGUCUAUUGAUCGAUGGAGCAACUAUGACGUAGACUUGUCGAUGUUGUGUUUCUACAAUGAAUCUCUUCCUUGUUU